AUGGCCAAUCGAAGAAACGGCACAGACCCUCUGAGAAUAGGAUUUCACCAGUGUUGUUCGCUUGCCCCUACUUCAAGUGGAACCCCUGGAAAUAUCGUCGAGAGAAAACCUGUAUGGGACCUGGGUGGAAAUCAGUCCGCCGAGUCAAACCUGAAAGAGGAUGCUGCAUUUGACACCCAUUCCAGGGCUGAACCUCCCUGCAAAGUUGUCUCCAUCCAAAAGCCAUGUGACAAGUUUAACCAUAAAACAGCCUCAAGACUGAAGAUUUUGACCAAAGGAGCAAAGUCGGAGAGGGAGUUUUGGACAGAAAUCUACAGGCUACUCUUUGAUGUAAUGGAUAAUAAGGUUCCGACCCCUUACUAUGACAUAGACACAUCUUUACUCUCUCAAGCAGAGUCAUGGCCUGAACACGUGCGUCGUGAGGUUCCGCCGCGGCUGCGUGAGCUACUUGAGACAGAAGCUGCUAGAGCCCUGGACAAUGUUGUUCCUGAUUUGAUGGGCCGACUUCAUGAUUUCCUCCGCCACUUGGAGCCACUUCUGGAGCAUUCUUACCAGCAAAGUCAAGAUCGACGUGACGAGCAAGACGUGGCUACUCCUCAAGCCGCCUCGCAUGGACCGGUCUCAGUCGAUAUCGAUGCCCAUGUGUCAGACGCGAACAAUCCGGAUCUUGGGGUCCUAGAGAACCAUGAUAAUGGCGCGUCGUUCAACGUUGGAAUCCCGUCUUGGGAUAUGCCACAGAUGCAA